AUGGCCAAGAAAAAGGGCAAUAAAAAUGGAAACCCUCAAAAUGUUAAAGUUUUGCCUGAUACAUCAAAACGUAAUAUAAAUUCACAAAAUUUAAAACCAAAUAAAGAAACUAAUAAUACUAAUAUUAAAAAAUCAAUUUUAAACACACCAUUCCAUUUGAUUAUUCUUUUAUUCUUAUACACUACACAACGCCAUAAAUUUGAUGAAGAAUUGCUUCUAUAUCUAUUAAUUCCGUUACAAAUCAUUUAUACCAUUUUCCAGUUUAGUUCUAAUUUUUCAAAUAGUAAUAAUUCCAAAAAGAUUUCAAAGAGAACUAUUAACUUGACUUUAAUUUUAGUAGUCCCUAUAACUAUGGUAUUUGCUGCUAUUCCAAUUGGUUUAUUGGUUAUACUGUUUGGUGGCCCAAUAUUAGAAAACUAUAAAAAGACAAUUCUGUUAUCAUUAAAUCUAAGUAAUCUUUUAUUACCAAUCAUAUACUUAUCCUUUAAUAAACAAAUAAGUAUUGAUAUUGGUAAGCAAUAUGCCGUGAGUAUAUUUCUUGGCUGUUGGUUAAGUAGUAUUGUAAUUCCAUUGGAUUGGGAUAGACCAUGGCAAAUGUAUCCAGUUCCAUUAAUGGUUGGUGGUUAUUUAGGUUCUAUAUUAUCAUAUGUAUUAACUGAUUUUUUUUAA